AUGUCAAUCGCAUACGUCCUGCCGUUUCCCAUCACCUCGUCGUCCGCUGCUGCCACUAAAGCGACUGCAAUGGACAGUGACGACGCGACUGCAGUUUAG